AUGGAGUCGCCGGCCGAUUAUCUCGAUUCUCCGAUGGAUGGUGAUGAUGUGGCAUAUCCGUGCAAAGGAUGCGGAGACAUUCUCGAGGAAGGCAAAGCAUUCGAACUUGCUGGCAAUCGAUGGCAUUUGAACUGCUUCCGAUGCAAUACCUGUGGCACCCUCCUCGAUUCAGAUGCCAACCUCCUUCUACUCGGCGAUGGCUCCCUCAUCUGCAAUAACUGUACAUAUAGCUGCAGUGCCUGUGGCAACAAAAUCGAAGACCUAGCUAUUCUCACCGGCGAUCAAGCGUUCUGCGCUACCUGCUUUCGAUGCCGCAACUGUAAGCGCAAAAUCGAAAACCUCAGAUAUGCACGAACAUCACAAGGGAUAUUUUGCAUGAGUUGUCAUGAAUCAUUAAUGGCACGGCGGCGGAAAAAAUCAAGAGCUGCAGCCAAAAUGAAAAAAGACGACCAGUCUCCGAUGCUUGUGGACAAAUCUUUACCUGCUCUCCCACCAAACGCCAUUCUACAGAGUGCUUUUUCUCCUGAUCGAGAAACACCAGAUUCGUUAGAUACAGAUACUCCAACUGAGCUGUCACCAAGACCGCGCCAGGGCUACGCACAAAAUGACUCCUCGUCCCGGAGUAGCUCAAGACGUCCUCGUGAGCAAUCACCAGAGCGUAAUUCCAGUGACACACAGACCAGAGAUGGCUUAACUCUGCCAACUACGACGUACCGGAACAACAGGCAUUCUGCUAUAUCUCAGGCCUCCGACAUCAACGGUGGUGAUGGCGAGAGCUUCUUUAUCCCUCUUGCCUUGGAUCCGACUCCUGCUCCGACCAUGACUCCACGUUCAACUUCAGAAACAUGGACGGAUUCAGGAAAGAAAACAAAGGAGAAUAAGCCUCCUGAGAAGGAUUACUUUGGGGCCAAGAGCAUUGGUAGACAACAGACUGAAACGCAGAAACAGAGAGAGUCAUCGACUCCACAUAUCGCCUUCCAAGAGAAAGGUCGCCAGCCUUCUGCGGAAGAAUCCGCACAGAUUAGGGACAGCUUGCGCAAGGCUGCCGCAGGAGGCAAGUCUUCCUCUGCUAAGGCGUCACCAGCUAUUGGCAGCGAUGAUAUUCGAGUUCAGCAUGCUGCCCAAUCCCCCAAAACAUCGAGUGGAAACAACAAAGGCCAAAGUGGAAGCGAGAAAUUUCGCUUAGGUGAUGUACCCAAGGGAAAGAAGUCUGGCACUUCGAGCACGAACUCACAAUCUGAAAUAAGUGACAAUAACAAUGCUCGAUCUGGGUCUGGAGGGUUGUCUGCCCCACCACGGAAAGAAGGUCCAUCUAGCAUUCCGCGAAGCGACUCGCCUAAGCAAAUGCUUAAUGCAGACAAGUCAACACCUCGAUCUUCCAUAGAUUCGAGGAUAAGAGAAGAAUUGGACUCGAGGAAAUCGUUAGAGUCAAGCAAUUCUCCACCACAAAUCGGCCGGAUGGAUUCUGGUGGCACUGCAAGGUCAAUUCCCCGUAAGGAGAUAGCUUCAGGAGCUUUGAAGAGUACUAUGAGCUCGAUGAGCUCAUCCUCAGGAGCAGAUACGUCUCCAUCUUCCGCCUCUUCUUCGGAUACCCCUGGGGUUACACCAACACUGAAUGGCAAGUCGAUCUCAGCACCUUUGUCACUACAAUCACCUAUGAAAGAUGAACUGGCCCUUCCAUCCCGUGCACCGAAUCGACCUCCUGCUCCUCAACAGAAGCUGAGCGAUUCAUACAUGACCCCUCGAGCUCCCCCAGCUCCCCCAACGGCCUCAGGGCUUACGCCGAAAGACUCAAAUGGUUCCUCGUCUGGUCAGCCAUCAUCGCCCAAGCUACCGAGAUGGAGUGCUGGUGGGGAUUUUACCAUGGAUGAAGAUAUGGCACGGAUUUUAGGUGGAACGGAUGAAAGCUCGCAGUCAAUUCUUCGACGCGUUUCGAAUGCUGUACGCCAUGGCCGAACCGCCAGCGAACAGAGCAACGGACGCCAGCCAGGCCAUGGCCGGAGUGUGAGUGAGACUACCCGGACGACAGCAUCGCCGCGAUGGCCCAAAACACCCAUCGCAGAAGAUGCAGCCCCCAAGGAUAUCAGCAGCCCAAUCUCAAUUGCCUCUCCUCAAUCCGGGGAUGACCCGGCACUGCUUCGUCGGCAACUACGAAAUUCAGAACAGCGAGUCGCGGAACUUGAGCGUCAAUUCAUUAGCGAGAAGGAUCUCAAAAAUCUCAACAAGAAACUGAUCGAGAAGCGCAAGACUGUGUCGGUGUUGGAUUCGCAGACAGAAAUCAUGAUUCAGCAGCUGGAGGUUCUGGCUGGGUACGUUGAGAGAGCGAAAGGUUCGAAAGAGCCGAUCAAUAUUGCGGAAUUGGAGGACUCGGCCAUCAAAGAAUUCGUACAAAAAUUAGAACGCCUCAAGCAGACCAUGUCUGGUGCAGUGGAGUCGUUGUAUGAGGAGCGUAACGAACUUCUGGAGGAGAAGAACCAAAUCAUUGCGGACCGCGACAGAGCACUGGUGGAAUUCGAGCAACUUUCUUCCAAGAAUGCUCAGCUUGCCGAUAUGAACAACGAUUUGACCCACCAAAUCCAAGAACGUUUCAAGGCACAGAGUGGCCCUGGGAUGGAGAGUCCAAGACCUCCCAUGAAUGGUCUGGGCAUUUACACACACCACAGCAAAGACAAGUCAAAUGUAUCAGUCCACUUGGAUGAUGCUAGCCUUCGACCGUCGACGAGUACUACAUUAUUCGGCUCAGUCAGCAACUACCCGCAAGCUAUGGACCAGGACCCAAGCAUGGAACCCGCGACUGUUCUUUCAGCACCACAUGUGGUAAAUAUCCGUAAGGGCCAGGCCAAAAAAUUCAACUGGAAGAAGGGUGGUCAGACUGUGGCUAAGGGCGUAUCCAAGGGCUUCAAGGGUGCGUUUGCUUCAGUACAGCAGGAGAGAGGUCAACAAUGGCAAGGGCAGACUGGCGACAGCAUUGGCUUACCGUACAACAUGACAGUCCAGGCAGUUGAAGCGCCAGCCGGCGCUCCCCAAUCUGGCAGUCUUCCUCGAAAUGGUUCCAACGAUCCCAAGCAAGGAGGAUUUGGGCUGUUCAAGAAAUCAAAUGCCUUGCCGAAAUCCGUGUCGAAUGGCAGCAUUGCCUUGGCAGAGCCUCCGUCGACACUCUUUGGAUCCGAGUUAGUAGAGAGAGCCGAUUACGAGCGCCGACAAAUCCCAAGCGUAGUCACUCGUUGCAUUGAGGAAGUCGAGCUACGAGGAAUGGAUACCGAGGGCAUUUACAGGAAGACUGGUGGAAGUGGUCAGCAGAAGAUCGUGCAGGAAGGAUUUGAGAGAAUUGAAGAUUUCGAUAUUUCUGACCCCGAAUUGGAUAUCACGGCUGUCACCAGUGUUCUCAAGCAAUACUUCAGGAAACUUCCCACACCACUUUUGACCUUUGACGUCUAUGAUCGGAUCUUGGAGUCUAUCACUAUUGAAAAUGACUCGGAGAGAUGUGCUCAUUUGAAGAAGACAUUCUCCAUGCUUCCUGACAAGCAUCGCGACUGUCUCGAAUUUCUAAUGUUCCAUCUGUCUCGAGUUGCAACUCGAGAGGGCGAGAAUCUGAUGACUACCAAGAAUCUGGCGGUGGUUUUUGCGCCAACAAUCAUGCGCGACCACAGCCUCGAGCGCGAGAUGACUGAUAUGCACUCCAAGAACACUGCCAUGCAAUUCAUUAUCGAGCACAGCCAAGAAAUUUUCUCACAAUAA